UUUUGUCGUCCCACGAGGGUUUUCUGUGUUGCUCACAUAUAUGGCGGAUGGAUAAAUGCAUGGGAAGUUUAUGGGAAGAAUGGAGGAAUUGAGAGAGAGGAGGAGGGAGGGAGGGAGGGAGGAGGGGAUGGUUUGAAAGAGGGAAUGGCUGGUGUAAUACAGAAUUAA